UUUUAAUAUUUAUUUUACUGUAACUAUUUUAUUGUAUAUUAGUAUGGACAGAAGUGUCAAUAAAAAACAGAAAAGCAUACUAAAAUGCUAUAAGUACUUGUCCCACACAGUGAAGAAUCAUUGUACACCUAGAUAGCUGUCACAAACUCACACACAAGAUGAAGACUGCAUUAGUUAUCGCUCUUUUGUGCAUCGUUUCUGCAUGGUCAUAUCCUGCAGAAGAUGAGUAUGAUACUCCUGCCUGUGAUGAAGUUUUCCGUGCAGAGAUUUGUGAAGCCUUCGAUAGCACCGACGAACUUUCUGAUGAGGAACGCGAAAAAAGACAAGUUCCAGGACUAGACAAAGAUCUUUUGGAAAGAUUAUUGUUGGAGAAGUUAAAAUUCCUCACUGGCUUCGGUCUUUUAAAGAACAUUCCAUUCAUUGGACAGUUCGUUCAUGAUCUCGUAGAGAGGGAUCCAGAAGGUGUUUCGAAAGCUAUCAGUGGUGGUAUCUUUGCCAUUAUUCCAUUUGUUUUGGGAGCAUUGGGUUAAGCAUAUGAAUUAAUAUUAAUGUAGAGGUUAUUGUGGAAGUCACGAAUUUGUAGUGCAAA